AAGCAUCCGUCCGGACUGGAAGAGGGGACUGAAAGCGUCCGGACUGGAAGGGGGGAAAGUGUCCGGACUGGAAGGGGGGGUGAAAGCGUCUGGACUGGAAGGGGGGGAAAGUGUCCGGACUGGAAGGGGGUGAAAGUGUCCGGACUGGAAGGGGGGGAAAAGUGUCCGGACUGGAAGGGGGGAAAGUGUCCGGACUGGAAAGGGGGGAAAGUGUCCGGACUGGAAGGGGGG